AUGGCGACGCAAGCCGCCUUCUUCAACGUCUUCCGGACCGCCAGCCGAGACAGCCCUAGCCCUUCCGUCUCGUCCCAACGACAGGCCCCCUCGCCGACGCUGACGAAUCCCGACAUGAUCCUCCCCGAUUACGUCGCCCCGGCGCCUGUCGACAAGAGCGCGCCAUCGCCGCUGCCGCCAUCGCCGCUUCAGCACGCUCCGACCAAUCUCGCCGACCAUCACUCUUACUCGCGGCAAGCGUACAGUCCCGACCUGCCGGGCCCUUCGACGCCCAUCAUCUACGGCAACGGCACGAUGCUUUCCGACAUUGGCGAGGUGACCGAGGCCGAGAGCAUCGUCGGGAGUCCUCUCCGACACCAAUUUUCCCGCUCGCCCAGCGAUGGCACCCCGCUACGAUCAUCGCCCACCAUGGGCACCAGAGCCCUGAAGAAACGGACGGUGGUGAGCCGCGCCCGCAGGCUGUCGCUCGAGUCGCUCGAGUCGACGAGCACUGUUCACGACUCUGAACGAGCGGCCGGCUUUGCCGACUUUGACGACUCCGUCAGCGUCGACGACAGCAACUUCCAGGGCGACGACGAGGAGAGCCUGGCCUCUUCGUUUGUCGACGACACACCCAUCAUGCCCGCCGACGCCGCCGACGCUUUGGCCGUGGCCGGGCCCGGCCAGGGUCUCGCAGCCCAUAGGCUGUCGACGAGCUCCAUCAGCAAGCGAGCGGAGCAGAUUCUUGCCAACGCGAAGCGACGCCUAGACGUAUGCCCAAAACUCUCCCCCCCCCCCCCCCCUUCUCCCCGUCGCUUUCGAGCUCCGCUGACCCAUCACGACCAUCGCCAGAGCAUGGAGGGAAACCUCAACCGGGCGAGAGGAUUUAGCUACUCUCCCACCUCGGACCUCUCCACGCCGUCCCCGGCGGGGCGUCGAGCCACCAUCGGCCGCGAAUACGGCUACGCGCCGAUGGCUUCGACGAACCACGCGCGCAUCGCUAGCGAUACCGGGUUGCCGGAGGAAUAUCGGGCGACUGGGAAUCGCCAGCGCUCCGCCAGCGCACUUGGCGCCGCCGGUGGCUAUCGCCAAACCCGUGCCGAAGCGGCAGGCGUCGACGGCUCCGGCGGCAAGCUCCCACAUUUGCUCGGCGUGCCGCACCGCCCGGCGGACACGACGCUUGCGCCUCUGAGCGAGGAUGGCGACGGUCUCGACCCUUCCCCAUCGGACGAGGGGGCCCACGUCGUGGCUCGCUCCGCAUCGGUCGUGCAGGUGCGCGACCUGCAAGACCAUCUGCAGGGCCUCCGGGGCAAAAUAUCGAGCCUCAAGGAGCAAGCGCGGGUGGAUAGCAUGAAACGGCGCAGCCUGCGGAGCAUGCGAGUGCCCAGUCCCUUUACGCACGCCGCGUGGGACGGCGGCUCAAAGGAGCGUCGCGCAUCUCCGAGCGCCGAUGAAGGCAGUCCAAUGACGGCAUCUCCGCGGACGAGCACCGUGCCCAUGGUCGAGAUGAACGGCGGCUUCGAGGACGUGCAGGGUCACGAUGGAGCCUACGUCGACGAAGGCGACGACGACGACGACGACGACGAAAAAUCCGUCGUUGGCGGAUUCUACGAAGCCCGUGAAACGCAACCGAAUACCGCCCCCGACGAGCCGGGCUUGCCACGGGUGGAGGCCGCGGUCGCCGCGGAUGACGCAUACGCACGAGACGACGCGACGACCGGGUACGACGAUGACGAACUCGCCGUCGACAGCUUCAGCGACAGCGGCGAUUCGCUCUAUCACGACACGAUGCAGCAUCCCAUCUCCCACGAGGAUCGAGAAGACGCCUUCGACUACGAACACUUCUUUCUUCACUCCGCCAUGGGCACCAUUCGCCAGCAAGACGAGGACGCCGGAAGCGGCUCCGACAGCGACGAGUCGGAUGGCUCGGCCGACACGACGCGUGCAGCACCCAUGACGAGCCACGUCAGGAGGCCAAGCGUCGAUACGUUUGUCACCGUCGACUCGUUCGCGACGGCCGUCGAAGGUCGAACGAGCCCCGGCUCGACGGUGUCGCCGGGGCGAGACGAAGACGGGUUUGCCACCCCGAGCCAGGAUUGGGGCGCCGUCGGGGUCCGGGAGCGAGCUUCCCUUGGCGGACGGUCCGGCAGCGGCAGCAGCGGCGAGGAAAGCGCUCGGCUGCGAGGCGACAGGCCGCGUCAAAACUCGGUGCUGUACCGACCCGUCAGCGCCAACACCGUCUCGGCCCUCCACCGGCCGUCGGUGUCGUCGUUUGAGUCGACGGGGACGAACAGGAGCUUCCCUCUGGUGAACAGGACGAGGCUGAACGCCGGCAUGCUGACGCCCGGCGGCUCGCCCGAACAGGACCUUAAGACCCUGUCGGGCACCCUCUCGACGGAAACGGCGAGCAUCCUCUCGCGAGACAGCAUCCACCGGGAGCGACAACACUCGCCUGCGAUCCAGACGCUCUCGAGCGAGGAUCGGAAGAUUGUGGAGCGAGUGGUGGCGAGCCUCGGGAAGUGCGUCUUGGGCCUGGCCGAGGGCGCGCGGAACGACGCGGCUGCCCAGGACGAGUUUAGACGGCGCAUAGACGCCGCCAGAAAGGCUCUCGAGGGCGAAUAUGACUACGCAUGA